GAUCACGUUGGUUUUGAAAUAUUUUCUUUGUCACAGUCAUCACAGGACACUAUUAUGGUUUUGUUUGAUGGUAAAAGGUGCUACUCAGGAAGUGAGGCCGACUUCAGCUCCUCCAGCAGCACAGGCAGCCUGAAGACCAGGGAGGGCCUUGCCUCUGUUUCAGCUGGAAAGCGGCCUCCUCCACGCAGUCGCGGCUCCCACGUCAGACCGCUCCCAGUGUUCAAACCGCCCGGGAGCCCCACAGCCAGCCGCAAUGCGGAGCUCUACGCUCCCUACAGGACUCCUCCCAGAGCUGCCUCCUCCACCACCACCACCAACAGCAGCAGCUGCCACUCCAGCCCCACCUCCAGAAGAGCGCCCCCGGGCCGCUUCCACUCCUGCGGGGACAACCAUGGCAUCAGACCCCCGAACCCUGAGCAGUAUCUCACCCCUCUACAGCAGAAGGAAGUGGCCAUCAGACACCUGAAGACCAAACUGCUGGAGUCUGAGAACACAGUCCGUGACAGAGAGACGGAGGUUGAGGAGCUUAAGUCCCAGCUUGGCAGAAUGAGAGAAGACUGGAUUGAAGAAGAGUGUCACCGGGUGGAGGCUCAGCUGUCCCUCAAAGAGGCUCGCAAGGAGAUCAAGCAGCUGCGCCAGGUGGUGGAAACGAUGAAGAGCAGCCUGAUGGAGAAGGACAAGGGCAUACAGAAGUAUUUCAUCGACAUCAACAUCCAAAACAGGAAGUUGGAGUCCCUGCUGCAAAGCAUGGAGCUUGCCCAGAGCGGCAGCCUCCAGGACGAGAACGCCUUGGACUUCAUCUGCGACAGCCCGACCGACUGCGGGAAGAAGCUGGCGGGCGAGGAAGAGGGUGGCAUGGAGCUGGGGACGCAGGGGGCGGAGGCGAUGGCGGACAGCGGGCUCCUGGUGAACGAUGAGAUGGCCAACAGGGCGGACAUUUUGGAGCAGAUCUUCAUGUCCACCGCGGUGGAUUUUAGUCACGACUGUAGUGGCAAGCUGAGCGCGGGCACGGAGUCUGGGCCCGGGGUGUCUGCGCUGUCGGAGGAGGAACAGUUGAUUGAUGACUCUACUGCACCCCCAAUGGCUCCACCAAACACGGUGUCCACCACCAUCACCCUCUCCUCGAGCAAACUCUCCCAGCAGACCACGGAGGAUAAAGGGAUCCAGACCGAGACGAUGUCCGUGUCUCCAGACUUGCAGACUGUGCUCUUCCAGCUGCUGAAGUUCCACGGGGCCACGGGGGUGGACGCGGCUCCGUCGGCCUCCAGCAGUCUCCCGGGUGCCCCGAACCUGCCCACCUCCACCGCUGCCAGCCUCCCCGACUCGACGGCCAGCGUGCCCGGUUCCGCUCCCCCAGAGAGCCCCGACACCUCCGGCGACUCCGGCCUGUGCUGCUCGGAACCUGCGGAGAGCCGGCGGUUCAUGGAGGAGCUGGACUUUAGCGUCGGCGAGGAGGAGGAGCCUCGCCUGUCUCCGGGACAGGGCGUGGUCGGCAAGCGCUACUGGAGCAGCAGCUUCCUGGUGGACCUGGUCGCCGUGGCAGCCCCCGUGCUGCCCACGGUGGCCUGGCUGUACUCGCGGCACGGUGUGGACGGGAGCGCUCCGGUGUACAACAUUGCGGCGCUCAUCAGGGGCUGUUGCAUCAUGGGAUUGCACUCUCUUCGUCACGUCGCCCACAGGCCGGAUGCGUAA